CAAAGCAGUGGAACAACGUUCAGUCCCAUGGUAGCUGGUGAACAAAUAAUUGUUUCAUACGCCAUUUGUUCCCUUAAGAUCCUGGAGCCCAUGUAAACCAUUGGUUUACAAUCAGGGUCUCUCAUCUCCAUCAACCCAUUUAAAGCGCCGGACAUUCGCUUUUCAUUCUCUCGAUUUCGUAAAAAACUCCCACGCCGCGCGUAGGCAGUAAGUAGGACUUCAAUGGUAGUGGCUGUAUACGCGUGGCCAUGUGAUAGCAUUUCGAGAGGAAGAGCAGACUCUCCCUACCCUUGGUUGUACCAGGGCAUUUGGGGGCCAUAACCAUAUAACCCCAAGUUUUUGCCACUAAGCUAUCCCUUGUCGUUUAUACUAAUCAUGCGGGUUUCUGAACAUAGUUCAUGGGUUAUGGUAGAAUUUUUAAAGUUCACUUCAUAUAUUCAGUCUGAACUUGAUGUCAGUAUAUGAAAGGAACGUUGGACUUUCUACUAAAGACGUAAAAACUGUGUCAAAAUUAUUCAUGUGAUUCUCAUAUGUAAUAAUAAAGUUUAUGAACGAAUCAGUCAUAAUUGGACGCAAAAAUCAUUUACUCGUGGCUAAAGAUCACUCGUGCAUCAUAGCUAGUGUCGGUUUGUGAUGAAAACCUUAAUCAUGAUUAAUUACUCGUCAGAACAAUUUAUCAGUCGUUUUUCUACUUAUUGUUUCAUAACCAAACAGUUGGCUAAAAAGUAGUGGUUCAAGACAUGCCUUUAUCGAGCAAGGCUCGAGUGUAUGCAGAUGUAAAUCUUAAUCGUCCUCGCGAGUAUUGGGAUUAUGAAUCAUAUGAAGUAAAAUGGGGUGAUCAGGAUGAUUACCAAAUUGUUCGAAAAUUGGGCCGCGGCAAAUACAGUGAAGUGUUCGAGGGUUUAAAUAUAACCAACAAUGAGAAAUGUGUCAUAAAGGUGUUGAAGCCUGUCAAAAAAAAGAAAAUCAAGCGUGAGAUUAAGAUCUUGGAAAAUCUACGUGGCGUGACAAAUGUAAUAUGCCUUGAAGCAGUGGUAAAGGAUCCUAUUUCUCGCACACCUGCCCUCAUUUUCGAACACGUCGAAAAUCGGGAUUUCAAAGAGUUGUAUCAUACCUUAACAGAUUACGACAUUCGGUACUACAUGUUCGAAUUGUUACGUGCACUUGAUGCAUGUCACAGCAUGGGAAUUAUGCAUCGGGAUGUGAAACCGCAUAAUGUUAUGAUUAAUCAUUCCCAAAGAAAGUUACGUUUAAUUGACUGGGGUUUGGCAGAAUUUUAUCAUCCUGGGCAAGAAUAUAAUGUUCGUGUUGCAUCACGAUACUUUAAGGGACCCGAGCUAUUGGUUGAUUACCAGAUGUACGAUUAUUCUUUAGAUCUUUGGUCUUUGGGGUGUGUUUUUGCUAGUAUGAUCUUCAGGAAAGAACCUUUCUUCCAUGGUCACGAUAAUUAUGAUCAAUUAGUUCGGAUUGCCAAAGUUCUUGGUACAGAAGAGCUAUUUCAGUAUUUGACCAAAUACGAAAUAGUUCUGGAUCCUCGAUUUAAUGAAAUUUUAGGCCGACAUACGAAAAAGAGAUGGGAACGUUUUGUACAUGCAGAGAACCAACAUCUUGUCAGCCCAGAAUCACUUGAUCUUCUGGAUAAAUUAUUGCGUUAUGAUCACGCUGAACGACUAACUGCUCGAGAAGCUAUGGAACAUGUGUAUUUUCGUGCUAUUGUGCAGGACCAUGGUGGUCGAAUCCCUGUUGGUGCUCAGCAGAAUAAUGAUGGUACUAAAAAACCUGGUUCGACCACGCCAAGUACGAAUCCGACGUAAUAUCCGCUAUUAUUAAAGAACAUUAUUUUCAUUAACGUUCCACUAUGCGACUAUGGAUAAUCUCCAUUCUCCAAUUGUUUGGAUUUGUAUAAAGCCCGGUUGUUUUACUGCAUCCACCAAUCAUAUAAAAUUUUAUAACUUAGUGAAGCGCUUUUGUUUAUCAAUGGGUCCGACUUUUGUGUAUCUGUAUCUUCUAUGUUUAGAGGUAUAUUCCUUUUAAAAUAGUGUUUCUUCAUCGGUGACAUGGUUCUCUACUUGUUUGAUUCGGUUCCGAAGGUAUUUUGCUGUUAGCUUAAAAAUGAAUACAGUCAUGUUUUGCACUGCACAUUGUCUGUUAAAAAUUGCAUUUUCACGACCAAUUAGUAGAUGACUAUCAGUUUACCUCUUAAAAUUGAAUGAAGCUUGUUUGAUUAUAAAGUUGAAAUCUUUAUGCUUCUUAUUGUAUUUGGCUCACUUUCUUCAGAUGACCUGUUCUAUAGAAUAAAAUAAUUCGUAUGAGAAAUGUGUGCAUAAAUUAUGUGUUUGAGUUUUUAUUCGAUUACUUUCAGUUAAUAAAUUACAUCAAGUGGAAAAUUGAGCGUGACAAUAGAUUUUAGUGUUAAACAGAACAAAUAUAAUUUAUUUGGGUUCAGAGUUUAUUCGAGACUAAGUGC